AUGCUCUGUCUCUCCCAGGUGGAUGGGGUGUCCCACAACCUGCCUGUGAUCGUUGCCGAUGGGCAGCUCUGGGCGUAUCAACACGGCGUGAAUGUCCUGGUGCAAGCUGACUUUGGCCUCACCGUGAGCUACGACCUGGUUUACCAGGCCAGAGUCACAGUCCCGGGUAGCUACCAUGGCCGGAUGUGCGGCCUGUGCGGGAACUACAAAGGGCAGCAAGAUGACGAGUUCCUGCUCCCCGAUGGCAGGGUGGCCCCCGACACUGCAUCCUUCGGGUCUGCCUGGGAAGUUCAGAUCCCAGAAGCCUCCUGUACAGACAGAUGUGCUGGGAACAGCUGUCCGGUCUGCGAGGAGGAGAGGAAAGAUGUCUUCAAAGCGCACAACUACUGCGGGUUGCUCACAGCCUCUGAUGGCCCUUUUGCCACCUGCCACGGCACGGUCAGCCCCAACGUGUAUUUCAACAACUGCCUGUAUGAUCUGUGCCUGGGCAAUGGGGACUCCCAGGUCCUGUGCCAGAGCAUCCACAGCUACGUGACAGCCUGCCAAGAGGCCGGGGCCCCCAUCCAGCCCUGGAGGAACACCACCUUCUGCUCUCUGACCUGCCCAGCCAACAGCCACUACGAGGUCUGUACCAACAUCUGCACCACCACCUGCACUGGAGAUAUCAUGGACUGCCCAGAGACCUGUGCUGAAGGCUGCCAGUGUGACGAGGGCUUCUUCUUCGACGGCCAGGGCUGCGUGACUCUGGAGAGCUGUGGAUGCUUCAAGCAUGGGAGAUACUACAAGCCCAGGGAGACCGUCCUGACAAAUGAAUGCCAGCAGAGCUGCACCUGCGUUUCCGCCCGAGGGGUGACCUGCAAAGCCCACAGCUGCACCAGAGAAGAAACUUGCCAGAUCAGAGAUGGUAUCAUGGGCUGCAUCAGCAAAGAUCCCUGCAAAACCCUGAAAUGCCAGAUCAAGGAGACAUGCAAAAUUGAAGAUGGCCAAGAGUCAUGUGUUCCUGCCUACACUGGAAUCUGUCUGGGCUCAGGGGAUGCACAGUACCAAACUUUUGAUGGCCUGAAGUUUGACUUGCAGGGCAUUUGCAAGUACACCAUCGCUAAGUACUGUGGCAGCGACCCUACCCUGGAGCCCUUCACCAUUAAUGAGAAGAACGACAACAGGGGGAACCAGGAAAUCUCCUUUUGGCAGGUGACCAAUAUCUAUGUCUACGGGUACAACAUCUCCAUCUACAAGAGGGAAGUUGGCAAAGUCCGGCUGAACAGUGUGAUCACCAGUCUCCCAGUGACGCUGAAAGACGGUAAAAUCAAACUGUACCAGAAAGCUCUCACCACCGUCCUGCAGACGGACUUCGGCCUCCAGAUCACAUAUGACAAAAAUUGGCACGUAGCGAUCACCCUCCCCAGCAGCUAUUAUGGGGCCACAUGCGGCCUAUGUGGGAACUUCAACCAGAAUCCAGAUGAUGACAUGAUGUCAUCCAAAGGCACCAGCAUCUCCUCCAUCAUGGACUGGGCUGCCAGUUGGAAAGUCCAAGACCGGGACCCCUUUUGCUGGGAUUAUUGCCAAGAGACUUGCCCAGUGUGUGAUGAGAGCAAGAGAGCUCUGUAUGGGGAUGACAGUCACUGUGGGGUGAUCAGUAAAGCACCGGGAGGGCCCUUCAGAGAGUGUCACUCCAGGGUGAGCGCUGAUGACUUCUUUGACAGCUGCAUCUAUGACAUGUGUCUGAAUGAGGGGGACAAGAGCAUUCUGUGUGAGGCGCUGGAGGCCUAUGCAAAUGCCUGCCGGAGGCAUGGGGUCUCUGUCGAUGACUGGAGGACGCCAUCCAGUUGUGAUGCCUGCAAAGCUCUGAAAUGCCGGACCAAAGAGACAUGCCGGACUGAGGAUGGCCACACAUCAUGUAUUCCUGACUACAUGGGAACCUGCUUGGGCUCAGGGGAAAUGCACUACCAAACUUUUGAUGGUCUGAAGUUUGACUUCGAAGGCACCUGCACCUACACCCUGGCCAAAUACUGUGGGAGCGACACCUCCCUGGAGCCUUUCACCAUUGAUGAGAAGAACGCCAAUAAGGGGAGCCAGGAUAUCUCCUUUCUGCGACUGACCAACGUCUACAUAUAUGGGUACAACAUCUCCAUGUACAAGAGGGAAGUUGGCAAAGUCCGGCUAAACGGUGUGAUCACCAAUCUCCCGGUGACGCUGAAAGACGGUAAAAUCAGACUAUACCAGAAAGGCCUCAGCACCGUCAUGCAGACGGACGUUGGCCUCCGGGUGGGGUACAACAAGAACUGGCAUCUGGAAAUCACCCUCCCCAGCAGCUAUUAUGGUGCCAUGUGCGGUCUUUGUGGGAACUUCAACCAGAACCCAGAAGACGACAUGAUGUCCUCCAACGGCAUCAAAGUCUCCUCCAUCGUGGGCUGGGCUUCCAGUUGGAAAGUCCAAGACCGGGACCCCUUUUGCUGGGAUUAUUGCCAAGAGACUUGCCCAGUGUGUGAUGAGAGCAAGAGAGAGCUGUAUGGGGAUGACAGUCACUGUGGGGUGAUCAGUAAAGCACCGGAAGGGCCCUUUAGAGACUGUCACUCCAGGGUGAGCCCCGACGACGUCUUUGACAACUGCAUCUACAACGUGUGUCUGAAUGAGGGGAAGAAGACCAUUCUGUGUGAGGCGCUGGAGGCGUACGCAGACACCUGCGGGGACCAUGGAGUCACUGUCUCUGACUGGAGGACGCCGUCCAGCUGUGAUGAAUUUGGAGGUUGGCAUUCUGUCGAAGCAGGUGGCAAUGAAACUAAUCCGACAGUUUACCCUGUUGAUGGAGGAGAUGAUGCCUGCAAAGCUCUGAAAUGCCGGACCAAAGAGACAUGCCGGACUGAGGAUGGCCACAAAUCAUGUAUUCCUGACUACAUGGGAACUUGCUUGGGCUCAGGGGAAAUGAACUACCAAACUUUUGAUGGUCUGAAGUUUGACUUCCAGGGCACCUGCACCUACACCCUGGCCAAAUACUGUGGGAGUGACGCCACCCUGGAGCCUUUCACCAUUGAUGAGAAGAACGCCAAUAGGGAGAGUCAGGAUAUCUCCUUUCUGCGAGUGACCAACAUCUACAUCUAUGGGUACAACAUCUCCAUGUACAAGAGGGAAGUUGGCAAAGUCCGGCUAAACGGUGUGAUCACCAGUCUCCCGGUGACACUGAAAGACGGUAAAAUCAGACUAUACCAGAAAGGCCUCAGCACCGUCAUGCAGACGGACGUUGGCCUCCGGGUGGGGUACAACAAGAACUGGCAUCUGGAAAUCACCCUCCCCAGCAGCUAUUAUGGUGCCAUGUGUGGUCUUUGUGGGAACUUCAACCAGAACCCAGAAGACGACAUGAUGUCCUCCAACGGCAUCAAAGUCUCCUCCAUCGUGGGCUGGGCUUCCAGUUGGAAAGUCCAAGACCGGGACCCCUUUUGCUGGGAUUAUUGCCAAGAGACUUGCCCAAUGUGUGAUGAGAGCAAGAGAGAGCUGUAUGGGGAUGACAGUCACUGUGGAGUGAUCAGUAAAGCACCGGAAGGGCCCUUUAGAGACUGUCACUCCAGGGUGAGCCCCAAUGACGUCUUUGACAACUGCAUCUACAACGUGUGUCUGAAUGAGGGGAAGAAGACCAAUCUGUGUGAGGCGCUGGAGGCGUACGCAGACACCUGCGGGGACCAUGGAGUCACUGUCUCUGACUGGAGGACGCCGUCCAGCUGUGAUGAAUUUGGAGGUUGGCAUUCUGUCGAAGCAGGUGGCAAUGAGACUAAUCCGACAGUUUACCCUGUUGAUGGAGGAGAUGAAACCUGCCAAACCCUGAAAUGCCAGACCAAGGAGACGUGCAAGACACAGGAUGGUCACGCAACCUGUGUUCCCGACUACGUGGGAACUUGCUGGGGCUGGGGGGACCCGCAUUAUCACACCUUUGAUGGCCUGAAGUUUGACUUCCAGGGCACCUGCACCUACACCAUCGCCAAGUAUUGUGGGACCGACCGCUCCCUGGAGCCCUUUACCAUCGAUGAGAAGAAUGAUAACAGGGGCAGCCAGGCCAUCUCCUUUCUACGAGUGACCAACAUCUAUGUCUAUGGGUACAACAUCUCCAUCUACAAGAGGGAAGUUGGCAAAGUCCGGCUAAACGGCGUCAUCACCAGUCUCCCAGUGACACUCUCAGACGGUAAAAUCAGAGUGUACCAGAGCGGCUUCCGCGCCAUCCUGCAGACAGACUUUGGUCUCCAGGUGGCAUACAACUGGGACUGGCAUCUGGUGAUCACCCUCCCCAGCAGCUAUUAUGGGGCCACGUGUGGCCUAUGUGGGAACUUCAACCAGAACCCUGAAGAUGACAUGACAUCAGCCAGCGGCACCAGAGUCUCCUCCAUCGUGGGCUGGGCUGCUAGUUGGAAAGUCCAAGACCAGGAUCCUUUUUGCUGGGAUUCCUGCCAAGAGAACUGCCUGACAUGUGAUGAGAGCACAAGGAAGCUGUACGGGGGCGACAGUCACUGUGGGUUGAUCAGCAAAGCACCGAGAGGGCCCUUCAGAGAGUGUCACUCCAGAGUGAACUCCAGUGAGUUCUUUGAUAGCUGCAUCUAUGACGUGUGUCUGAAUAGGGGCGCUACGAGAAUCUUGUGCCAGGCGCUGGAGGCCUAUGCAGCAAGCUGCAGAGACCAUGGGGUUACCGUCUAUGACUGGAGGAUGCCAUCUGGCUGCGCCCUGCCCUGCCCUGAGAACAGCCACUACGAGGCCUGUGGAAACGCCUGCCCAGCCAGCUGCUCUGACCGAACUGCCCCCUCCUCCUGCCGGGAGCCCUGCGUGGAGACCUGCCAGUGUAAUGAUGGUUACGUCCUCAGCACUGACAAGUGCAUCCCCCUGGCGAGCUGUGGCUGUGACUACAAAGGCCGCUACUACAAACCCAGUGAGGAGUUCUGGGCCGAUGAGAACUGCCAGUCUCGGUGCAGGUGUGACCCCAGCCUGGGCACAGUGGUUUGCAGGAAGACCAGUUGCAAGGCCAAAGAAAGAUGCUCCAUGGUCAAUGGGAUCCGUGGCUGCCAUGCGAUCAGCUACUCCACCUGCAUAGGUACUGGAGACCCUCACUACACCACCUUUGAUGGGAAAAAGUAUGAUUUUAUGGGCACCUGCAUCUACCAGUUUGCGGCUCUCUGCUCCGAGGACCCCACACUCACCCCGUUCAAUGUCAAAGUGGAGAACAACAACCGAGGCAGCAAGGCCGUGUCCUUCACCAAAACAGUGACCUUAGAGGUCUACAACGUGACCAUCAGCUUGAGCCAGGAACAUCCACGCAAGAUCCAGGUCAAUGGUGUCUUUGUGGCCCUGCCCUUCUCCCAUCAGCACAAGUUCAAGGCCUACAUCAGUGGAGUCCAUGGCUUUAUCCAGACUAAUUUCGACCUGAGAGUGAGCUUUGACUGGUACAGGUACGCCAGGGUCAUCAUACCCAAUACGUAUGCCAACGCAGUCUGCGGUCUCUGUGGCAAUGCCAAUCAGGACCCCAGCGAUGAUCUGACCAUGAAGAAUGGAACUCAGACAUCUGAUGAGAUUCAGUUCGCCGACAGCUGGAAGCUUGGUGACAUCCCAGGGUGCUCGUCUAGCUGCACUGGGGACUGCUCAUUCUGCAGCGAGGCUCAGAAACAAACUUACAAGGGAGACCAGUACUGUGGAGUCCUCACCCAACAGAACGAGACAUUCAGACAGUGCCACGGGGCCAUCGACCCAGCUCCCUUCUUUGAUGAUUGUGUCUUUGACACCUGCCAGUACAAGGGUCAUCGUGACACUCUGUGCAGCGCAAUCAGUGCCUAUGUGACAGCCUGCCAGGCCAGGGGCAUCCGGAUAGGGCAGUGGAGAUCGGCCUCAUUCUGCAGACUGACCUGCCCCCUUAACUCUCACUACGAACUCUGUGGAAUCAGCUGCCCUUCCAACUGCAACAACCUGUGGGCUCUAGAUCGGUGUGAGGAGCCCUGUGCCGAAGGGUGUUUCUGUGAUGCUGGAUUCACCCUGAGUGGUGACAAGUGCAUCCCCGUCACGCAGUGUGGUUGUGUUCACCAGGCCAUGUAUUACAAGAAGGGAGAGGAGUUCUACCCCAGCGCCUCCUGCCAGGAACGCUGCCUGUGCAAAGACAAUGGGAUCGUUGCAUGCCAGGAGGCCUCCUGUGGAGCCAAUGAGGAGUGCAGGGUGAAGAACGGAGUCCUGGGCUGCCAUGCCACAGGAUAUGGAACAUGCGUCACAUCCAGCGGACCUCACUACAUCUCCUUUGACGGACGGGCCUUUGACUUCCAGGGCUCCUGCACUUACACCUUAGCCAAGGUGUGCAGCAGAGACUCUGGACUGGGAAACUUCUCCGUGGUGGUGGAGAAUGAGAGCCCUGGCAGUGGCCACAUGGCUGUGACAAGGACGGUGGUGGUGUCCCUGCAUGAUUACACCAUCACCAUAGAGAAGGGGAGGAAGUGGACGGUUGUGGUGGGUGGUGAGUUCUACACCCUACCGCUGACUAUGGACAAUGGGAAACUUUGGAUCAACCAAGAGGGGAACAACAUCAUUGUCCAGUCAGCCUCUGGCCUUGAAGUCUUUUACGACACUGCCUCCAACCUCCUACUGUCCGUCCCCAGCACUUAUAAGGGACAUGUGUGCGGCUUGUGUGGCAACUUUAACGAUGACAAGAACGAUGAUUUCCUACUGCCCGGUGUGAAGAGUACCCAGAGUGUGGAUGAAUUUGUUGCCUUCUGGAAGGUGCCUGUUGAGGAUGCCAUAUGCUCUGAUGGCUGUGGUGAGAAGUGCCCCAUCUGUGAUGCAGCCCAGACAGCGCCGUACCAGACUGAGAGCUCCUGUGGGCUGAUCACAGCCAACUUGGGUCCCUUUAGAGACUGUCACUCAAUAGUCAGUCCUGUUGAGUAUUUCAACCACUGUCUCUAUGACAUGUGUGCCACCAACGGAAGGGGAGAGACCCUCUGCCAGAGCCUGCAGGCCUAUGUGGCCACGUGCCAGGCAGCUGGGGCCAAGAUCGAGACCUGGAGAACUGCCUCCUUCUGCCCCCUUGCCUGCCCGGCUAACAGCCACUAUGAGCUGUGUACCAGAUCCUGCGAUUUCACCUGUGCCAGCUUGUUUGCCCCUGCCCAGUGCACCGGGAAGUGCUUUGAAGGCUGCUGGUGUGAUCCAGAAUAUGUGUCCGAUGGGGAGGCAUGCGUCUCCAUGGACAGGUGUGGCUGUGUGCACAAUGGACGCUACAUCAAGGCCGGGGAGAGCUUUGUCUCCAGCAACUGUUCCGAGAAAUGCACUUGCCACGCUUCAGGCGAGGUCAUCUGUGAAGAAACAAACUGUUCCGAAGAGGAGAAAUGCAUGCUCAGGAAUGGGGUGCGCAGCUGCGUGAAGCAGGUGGGCCGGUGCACACUGGCCCAAGGAAUAUGGUUCACCUCCUUUGAUGGUGUCAAGAGGGAAGUCCUCCUUGAUGGGCCCUACGAGGUGUCUUCCCUCUGUGAAGGGGUCGACCUCCCCUGGUUCCGGAUGGUGGUCAGUGUGUUCAGAGAAGGUGGCGUGGCCGUUCCUGAUGGCAUCUCCGUUUUCUUCGAGGAGGAUCUGAUCCAUGUCAAUAAGAAAAAGGAGAUUUGGGUGAGAGGGUACCAAAGGCAGCUCCCAGUGAAUGUAUCCGAAACCUUGUCUGUCAGUGAGUCUCAGGGCACCAUCAUGAUUGUCCAGGGCUCUAGAAUAAAGAUUCUGUUCAGCCCGAGCGGGGAGGUGACGGUGACAGUCAACGAGAGCCUGGCUAACAAGCUGUGUGCACCUUGUGGGAACUUCAAUGGCGACAUCUCCGACGACCUGCGGCUGCCCAGCGGGCAGGUUUUGGGGAACAUCACGGACGUGUUUGAAGCUUGGAGGGCACGAGAACUCUCAAGAGGUGAUCUUUAAAAGCCACCUGAGCUGCGGUGGAUCCCACCCCAUUUCCCUUCCCUGCAUUGGACUGGGCUGGCCAGUUACUCCGUAACAGGUCAUAGCUUAGCACACAAACGUGUGUUCCUUCACGUAGGGUGCUCCAGGGAUGAGCACCUGUGAACUCAUUGCAGAUGAGUUCAGUGGUGCCGGGUGCAUGACGGAAAAUCUCAUCUGGACUUGUCAAUAGAGACGUUUGCAAAGGUGUGUCUGAAGCAGCUGGCUCUGGCAUGCCUCGGGAACUGGCUUUCGUGUUCCGCUUGGAUCUGACUGUGCUAAGGUCCCUUCACACCACCCUUUAAGGCCUCUUUAUGCUGCCAAAGUGGAAUAAAGGAGCCUCAGCAUAA